UGUUUUUUCUUUUUUAAUUAAUGUUAGAGGAAGGGAAUCCAAAACAUAACCAUUCUGGCAUUAGAUUCCUGAUUUCAUUGUUAAAUGUCCUAACCAUGCUAAAAGGAGCUUCAACAUGGAGAAGAAACAGGACGUCACAAUUCAUAAGAUCGCAUGCACCACCCAGAACUGAGAGGAUGGCUGUUGAUCAGGACUGGAGCAGUGUUUAUCCAACAGCAGCUGCAUUUAAACCUGCCUCUGUGCCUCUUCCAAUUCGAAUGGGUUACCCAGUGAAGAGAGGAGUACCUCCACCAAAAGAAGGCAACCUAGAGCUUAUAAAGAUUCCCAAUUUUUUGCAUCUUACUCCUCCUGCAAUUAAGAAACAUUGUGCAGCUCUUAAAGAUUUCUGCACUGAAUGGCCAAGUGCUUUGGACAGUGAUGAGAAAUGCGAGCAGCAUUUUCCUAUUGAAAUUGAAACAGUAGAUUAUGUUUCUGCAGGGACAUCUAUUCGUAAUCCCAAAGCAAGAGUUGUGACUUUAAGAGUUAAACUUUCUAACCUGAAUUUGGAUGACCAUGCAAAGAAGAAGCUCAUUAAACUUGUAGGAGAGCGAUACUGCAAGGAUACAGAUAUACUCACAAUUACCACAGACAGGUGUCCGUUAAGAAGACAGAACUAUGAUUAUGCAAUACACCUCCUCACAGUUUUGUACCAUGAAUCUUGGAAAACUGAGAUGUGGGAGAGUGAGAAGACUGAGGAAGACAUGGAAGAAUAUAUCUGGGAAAAUAGCUGCUCUCAGAAAAAUGCCUUGGAUACACUAAUUCGAAUAAAAGCCUCAGAGAAUGUCAGUAAUGUAACUAAGGAAGAGCUUCUUGCAUCUGAGGUUGUUAAGAAUUACAGAAACUCUGUAGUUGCCCUUAAAAAUGAAGGUGAAACAGAAAAUAACAUGUCUCAGUAUAAGGACUCUGUAAAGAAAUUAUUGAAUAUACCAGCGUUACCAUGAAAGCAGACUCUUGCAGGUCCCUCUUAUUAUGGAAAUAUUAUACUAGUAUGUUAAUAUUUCUAUGUGAUAUAAUUAUUCAGAACCUUAAGUUAAAAAAAAAAUAUAUAGAAAUAUGAGAGAAUAAUAAAAGUAUCCAGACAGAUUUUUCUUUACUGUUGAUUUUCUUGUAAACAGUGGUUUUGCUGUCCAUGAAUCUUGUUCCUUAAAUAAAGUAUGUUUUGAGUAACAUUGGUGACUUGAAUGUUCCAUUCUGUGCAUUCUUAGCUUGGGAGAUCCUCAUUCCGUACUGUUUGUUGCAUUCUGACUUCUCACGUAACUUCUCUUGGCAUAUAACUGAGGAUAAUGUUUUCGAAAACAAUCAGAUGACUUAGGCUUCCAGAUUCCGUUAACUUUUAAUGAGUUAGUCUCCUUCAAAACAAUGCAGUCCCUUUUGCGAUGAGAAUCUUAAGACCUCUAAACUUUCUAAAUGGUUUCCAAAUGUCACUCACAUUUUUCUCUAUUUCUAUUCCAUGUCUGUAAAUAAAAGAU